AUGAGAGAAUACUUCCUUAAUCGGCGGAAAUUUGGUAUGUUGCAUUUUAAAUGGAUCAAAUUUGAUAAUGUUGAUAUUAAUGGUUAGAACUUAAAUGAAGCUUAAUUGUUAAAUUGUAAAUGGAAAAAUAUCAAAAUACAUGAUUUAAAAAAUUAGAUGGUCAUUCAAGUGAAGUUACUUCAUUCAAUUUAUCUCAUUAGCAUUUGGGAUGUUGAAAUAAGGUGGAUGGAUUGA